AUGUCAGAUUCAUCUUCAGAGAGUUUAUCACUUGGUUUGGUGAUUUAUUCAUCAGUUAAACCAAUUUUUAAAAUUUAUUUCAUUAUAGCAUUAGGAUUCUUUUUAGCAAAGAGAAAUAUUUUAACAGUUACUACAUGUAGAGAUAUAUCAGAUACAGUAGUUACAGCAAUUAUGCCAUGUUUGAUUUUUACAAAUAUGGUAAGUUAUUUAAAAUCAUCAGAUAUUAAAAAUGUUGGGAUUAUUAUUUUCACAAGUAUUUUAUUAUUUUUAGCUGGUGGAUUAAUGGCAUUCGCAAAUCAUAUAGUUACAGGAUCACCAAAAAGAUGGCUUGGUGGUUUACUUUCUGUUGGGAUUUUUCCAAAUAUUAGUGAUUUACCUAUUGCUUAUAUUCAAACAUUUGCAAAAGGUGGUAAGAUUUUCACUACUGAAGAAGGAAGUAAAGGUGUUGCAUAUGUUUGUAUUUUUUUAAUGGGAAUGAUUUUAUUUCAAUUUACUUUUGGAUUAUAUAGAUUGAUUGAAUGGGAUUUUAGAGACGAAUUAUUGGUAGAUGAUAUGGAAAAGAAUAGACAGAUAUCAAAUAGUAGUAGUAGUAGUGAUGAUAAGGAAGAUGGAGAAAAAGAAGGUGAACUUAUACCGUCUAAUAACUUGGACACUGAAAACAAGGAUAAAAGUGAAGCAGUAAAAAAUGAAAGGCAGGAGGGCCCUGUACGACCUACAGAUUCAAAUGUAACAGAUAUCAGUUCAGAUUUGGAAUCAAUAAAUAGUAACACAACUGAAGCCGAAAGGAGGAGGAAUAAAAUUAUGAAUGAUGAUGAUCAACAUAAUGAGUUUUUAAAAGCUCAAUCAAAAAAAUCAGAUAGAUUAUCAAAUUCAAUAAGUAGGAAAAGAAGUACUCGAAGUACAAGAUCAUCAAUAAAUCCAACAGACACAAAAAGUAGACGAGAUUCUAUAAAUUCUAUAACAAGUAAUCCAUAUGGAUUAGAAAUGGUACCUUCAAGAGGAAAUGAUAUAAGGCGACAACAAUCACAAGAUGUUAAUGAUGUUAUAAAUGAAUAUUCAGAAUUUGAUACUUUAAGAAAUAAUGAAAUUCAAAAAGAAAAAUCAAGACAAGAAAGUUUAGCAAAUUCAAAUCAUUCUGAUCACAACGUAGUAGAUGAAGUUGAAAAAAAAGAAUCAAAAUUUAAAUCAUAUGCUAAAACUAUGUUUAAAAAUCUUACUUCUCCAAAUUCAGUAGCUUUAUUAGGUUCAAUUGCGAUUUGUAUGUCACCACCUUUGAAAGCAUUAUUUGUUCCAACAACAUUUUAUAUGCCCAAUGCACCAGAUGAACAACCACCAUUAUCAUUUAUUAUAGAUUUAACUUCAUAUAUUGGAGCAGCAUCAGUUCCAUUAGGUUUAUUAUUAUUAGGCGCAACAUUAGCAAGAUUAAAAGUUAAAAAUAUGGCACCAGGAUUUUGGAAAACUGCAAUAUUAGUAACAGCAAUGAGAUUAAUUAUAUUACCAAUAUUUGGAGUAGGUGUUACAACAGGAAUGUAUAAAGGUGGAUGGUAUGGACAUGAUAGAUUAGUAAGAUUUGUAAGUGUUUUAGAAUUUGGUUUACCAAAUGCUACUUCAUUAGUUUAUUUUACUGCUUUUUAUACUGAUCCUCAAAGUGAAGAACAUUUACAAAUGGAUUGUUUAGCUAUUUGUUUAAUUUUUCAAUAUUUAGUUUUAUGGUUUUCAUUACCAUUUUUAAUUACUUUUACUUUAAAAGUUUCAAUGGGUUUAUAA